AUGUCCGUACACGUAUUUCAUGAAGCCCUUGAAGCCCACGAAGAGAUCCCUGUUUAUCUCGCCGGGCAGCUCCCCCAGCUCCUCGGCCACCUUGGCGGCGAAGUGUUUCAGCGCGUCCUUCGCGGACUCCACGUAGUCCCGCCGCGCCUGCUUGGUGAGCUCCGCGAUUGCAUUUUCUAUCUCCUUGUCUACGAAGCGUUCAAUGUUUUCCACUUUCUCCCAUUUUAUGUAAUCGGCGUUGGUGAGGAAGGUGUGGAUGCCAUUCUUGAUUUUUUCAAGUUUUUCGUUAAUAUGCGGAGUUUCCAACUGGCCCAGAUGCCAACCGGCGUAAGCUCCUGCAGUUUGAACGGCUUCGCAGAGCUUAUCAAGGUGUUCAGUGACCUUGGGGACUGUGUCCCUAUUGAGCUCUUCAAUGUCUUUCUUGAUUUUCUUGAGGCAAUCCUUAUCGUCAUCAUUUGUUCCAAUCUUCUCUAUCACAAAUUCCAUAUUCUUGAUCACGCCUCUUUUUUCUGCAUUUUCGCCUUCCUCACCCUGCAACUCACUCCUCAGAUCGUCAAGCUCCUUGGUGAUCUGGUUGACGCCUUGGUUAAUUUGUUCGGGCUGUUUGGUCAAUAUGCCUUGUUGAUUGCUAAGUUCACUAAUAAUAUUCUCCAAGCCCUUAGCAUUGUUAUCAUCAUUCCAACUUGCCUCGUUACUCAUCCCUUUGGUCAUCAAUUCACUCAGCGUCUUGAUGACGUCGUUGUCCAGCGUGCUCAUCUGCGCUUUGAGUGCUGUUUUGAUUGCUUCGUUGGCUAUGCCAAUUUGUUCCGGGGCGCCAUUUUCAUCCUUCAACUUCCCUCUAAGCUCUCCAAGCUGCUGCCUAAUUGCUUUGACGGCUCCUUCGAUUGCAGCGGGUUUGUCAGUAAACGUCCCUUGUUGCAGACCGUGGAUCGCCAGUCUGAUUGCGUCGAGGCCUUUUUCAGCUCCAUCCAAACCGCUCUUGUCAAGAGCAUCUUCCAAUUUCUUCAGGUGCUGCUUGAUGCCAUCAUCGUCCUGACCUUUGUAAUCGCCGGGCUUACUGUUCUUGCUUUUAUCCACGAACCACGCGAUGGCUUUGAGCUCGUCGGUGAUUUUUUCGAGGGCGGAGUUGACGGCUUGUUUUUGACUGGAGACUUCAUUUGUACCGCUGAGACCAGCCUUGUCUUGGAAAGGCUUCAUCGCGUUGGGGAUAUCUUUUUCGGUUAG